AUGCUUCAUCCAGCACCUAUCAAGCUCAUUAUCUUCGACAACGAUGGAACACUCAUGGAUACAGAUUGGGUAUUCGAUGCCGCACACAAACAGUGCACUGGAUUUGAGCAAACAUGGGAGCUCAAGUCCAAGAUCAAUGGUAAGACUCCAAUUGAAGCAUGCAGGAUUACAUGUGAAUACUAUGGCUUAAAGGAAUCCCCAGAAUCUCUCUUACAACGUCGUUUGCAAAUCGAAGAUGAAAAUUGGCCAAAAGUCCAAUUAAUGCCGGGUGCAAUGGAUAUUGUUAACGAGUUCAAGAAGAGAGGUCUGAAAAUGUCGAUUGCAACUGCAUCGACAAGAGAUGGCUUUAACCUCAAAAUUACAAAUCAUCAAGAUUUGCUUUCCCUGAUGGAUGCUACUGUUGUAGCAGAUGAAGUCAAGCAUGGAAAGCCAGAACCAGAUCUAUUUCUGGCUGCUCUUGCCAAAUUCCCUGGAAUAAAAGCUGAAGAAGCACUUGUUUUUGAGGACUCACCUCUCGGAAUAAAGGCGGCAAACCGCGCUGGAAUGCCUUGUGUUUUUGUUCCAGAUAAACAUCUAAAUAUUGAGCAAACGAUCAAAGACCACAAUAUUUGCCCAACUUGUGUCAUUGAAUCUUUUGCACAUUUUGAUUUUACAAAAUUCAAAUUUAAUUGA